AUGUUUUUCCAUACUUUCCGCCUUCAAGUCCUAUCUCCGUCUAGGACCUCUGAGGUGUCUCAUUCCCAUCUCCUCUCUCUCGAGAUUAGCUUCCGUCCCUUUAGAAGCCCGGAGGUCCCGGAAAUCCUUAUAAAUUUAAGCGAAAUAGGGUCCCUAAAACUUUGUAAGAUUUCGGGCAUCUUUUCCGCCCCGUGGCGCUCAGUUAAAUCAUCCACCAAGUGGGCGCAACUCGCCCACUUUCUUCGACCCCAAUUCAUUGUAAAAACCAAUAAUGAUUGGUUUCAAUUCUUCUUCAAUAUCGAAUAA